AUGUCAGUUUAUCAAAAGACAGUAACUCAUGCACCAGCAACCUUGAACAACAAUACAAAUAACACCAGUGAUGAUGAUGAUUGGGAUACCGAUGCUGACUAUGUCAAUGAUAUCUCAGAGAAAGAUCAACGUUGGGGAUCUAAAUUAAUUCAACCAGAGGUAUUGGAGGCACCAAUGCACGAUCUUCGUGAACAAAACUUUGCAAGAGACGCUGAGAACUUGAAAAAGGAAUAUGAAGCAAAGAAAAUUUUAUACGGAGGUGAACGUGCUGCCUCAAACAACAAAGAUCUUUAA